AUCCACUCGUGUUCUCUUCGCUGUGGACUGUACGCCACAGCAGACCAAGAGCGGGGCAGACAGUAGUAAGGCAACGGCAUUCAUCCUGUUACCGGAGGACAACUCUUCUUGGUUCCUGAGGUUUUCGGUUCCUGUUCAGAGGACCGGAAACUAACUCUACACCUUACAAGCGGUGCAUUCGUGAAAGAACACCCAAAAUAUUGUUUUUGAUGACCGAGACUUUUUACGUAUUCCAAAGCAAGACAGACUGCGGGUCGGGAAGUCGGUUUGCAUUAACCCCGUUCCCCGUCUCCAAGAGACGCACAAAAGGCACACUCCCAAGUCUACCUGGAUAAGCUGACAAAGCCGUCCGGUCCGGUUACAGAUCCAGAAUUGGAGAGGAGAAAUAAGCGCGGAAAGACAGGAGCAAGAAAAGGGGAGACAGGAUGAAACUCAAGAGUCAUUUGAUUUUCACCCUCUACACUAUUUAUGGGAUUCUUCUUAAAGUGAUGGCUUCAAAAGGCAAAGUUCGAGCGAUAAGCGGUCAGUAUCCUCUGGUUCAGAACGUGACUGUGACAGAGGGUGGGACAGCGAACCUGACCUGCCGUGUGGAGUUUAAUGACAACACCUCCCUCCAGUGGUCAAACCCAGCACAGCAGACCCUCUUUUUUGGGGACAAGAAGGCUCUAAGGGACAACAGAAUCGAGCUUGUGCGUGCAACAUCAUCAGAGUUGACCAUCAGCAUCAGUGAUGUCACGCUGUCUGAUGAAGGCAUGUACACCUGUUCUCUCUUCACCAUGCCUGUCAGAACGGCCAAAGCUUACCUGACUGUUCUGGGUGUGCCAGAGAAGCCAGAGAUCGAUGGCCUGACAAAGCCCGCCAUGGAGGGAGACCACAUCACUCUGACCUGCAUCACCCAGGGCAGCAAGCCCGCCGCUGACCUGCGCUGGUUCAGGAAUGAAAAGGAGGUCAAAGGUGCCAAAGAGGUGAAUGCAAGUGGGAAGACAUUUACAGUACGGAGCUCUCUACAGCUGCAAGUGGAUAGAAAUGAUGAUGGAGUGGCCUACACCUGCAGAGUGGACCACGUGGCACUCACACAAGCACCACAGCAGGCCACUGAAGUACUGGAGGUCCACUAUGCUCCUCGUGUGGAGAUCACCCACUCCCUUGCAGUCCCUCAGGAGGGUCAGUACUUGAAGUUAGAGUGUGUGUCCAAAGGAAACCCUUCGCCAGAUCCUGUGAUGUGGACAAAGGACGGAAGUGAACUUCCUGACCUGGACAGGAUGAUUGUAGAAGGAAGAGAGCUUACCUUUACGUCUCUUAACAAGACAGACAAUGGGACCUACCGCUGUGAAGCUAGCAACCACCUAGGGACCAGCAGUGCUGAAUAUGUACUCUACGUCUAUGAUCCCAAUGCUCUUGGGCAGCACGGCACUGACCAUGCCUUGAUCGGAGGAGUGGUGGCUGUAGUGGUCUUUGUCACCUUGUGUCUAAUCAUUGUUCUGGGAAGAUACCUGGCCAGGCAUAAAGGAACAUACUUGACAAACGAGGCCAAAGGAGCGGAUGAUGCCCCCGAUGCCGACACAGCCAUCAUCAACGCUGAGGGCAACCACGCGCACGCGGAAGAAAAGAAAGAAUACUUCAUUUAGACUGCAGGGGGAGCUGUGCAGCUCUCGCCUUCUCAUUUCCUUCUUUUGAUCUCUGUACUUCUUAUUCUCUCUUUCUGUCUCCCACUUUUCUUGUUCUCCUCCGGCCACUGGCCCCCAUCAUGUCAACAAGGAACCCACAGGCAGUCCACAAACAGACAAGUUCCCAGUGUGUUUUCCUGUUAUUUCCUUCUGUUGAAACGAUUUCUGUCAUUUACAUCUUGUCCUUUAUUUUUUCAUUGGUUUGGGGUUUUUUUGUUUGUUGUUUUUUGCUUUUGGCAGAUGUUUUUCACUAGCAGCUUGCUGUUGCUGCUGAAGUUGCCCCUUUGUCACUCUCUUCCUCAUCGUCAACAUGAAUACCUAGAAAUCUGUAAAUCUACCAUGACUGCUCCUUAGCCCUCUCGUUGGUCUUUACUCCUCUUCCCCACCAAGCAGACACCCAAACACAUAUUCCUGUUCACACACAUCCACAAACACAUAUCAUCUCUCACAUCAACACGGUGCCUAAAAAUACAGACGCCAUUGAACUUCUGUCAAUGCCUUCAUGUAUCGUCUGUCAGUAGCAAUGUAAAUGCUUUGUAGAUGGUUACCUUGGCCAUCAUUCCAUUGCUUAGCUCACAGCUUUUGAUUACGCAUCGAGUCUUUUUUUUUCUCUUUUCUUUUUCUUUUUGAAUGACGAUUUGUGCUAUUUACGCCUUAUACAUGUCUGUCACACUAAAUAUGGUACUUUUAGGUGAUCCACCUUUCCCUAUUCCAUCUCCCUCUAAAUAGAGUUGUAAUUAAACCGCUGACCCUUGUAAGAUACGAAGAAGGAUUUGUGUAACACUGUAGCAAGGUUUAUCAGAUACAGUAAGUGUACAAUAUGAUUUGCAUUAUUAGGGUAGGAGUAAUAAAGGGUAGUGUGGUAUUGUUUAGAGCAGAGAAAAACACACCAAAAAUAUAUGAAAGAUGCUAGGUCAAGCGUUCCUUUUCAGCGAGCAUAAUCAAGUAUAUAAAACCACUUGCUAAAUCUGCUGCCCCUGUACUUUUACCUGUAUAGUCCUGCACCGUCCAGGCAGCGGUUUAGCAAAACACCAUCACCUUCAGUGUCAUCUGGACAGCUUACAGUAGUUUGUGUUUUCCAUAAAGGGUUCAGGUGUGCAGAAAGAGUCACUCUCCUCUCUCUGUAUAGGCUGUAUAAAUUGUAUUCAAAUAACUUUAGCUUUUCACUUUGAAUAAUUUGGUUAUCGUUUGUCACAUUGAAAUUAUUUUAAGGCUUGAGGAACCCGUGAAAUGUAAACUCAACCAUAAAGUGUUAAAACAAGACCAGACCAAUAACAUCUGCUUGAUUACUGUCAUUUUUUUUAUUCUGUCACCUCCAAAUUUAUUUUUAAAUAGUUUUUAAUAGUUUAGUGAAGCUGCCCUCAUCAGCUUGUCAUGCUUUUUAUGCUUAUUUUGCCAGUCUGUCUUCAUUAAUUCAACUUUAAUUUCCAUUUCACGGGGUCUUCAAGAAAAAAAAGAGAAUAGAAAAAGAAACAAAUGGUGUGAGUGCUGGGUCAUGGAUCUGCAGGGGCCUCUUUUCCAAAACUUAAAAAAAAAUACUGAAAACAAAUAGAAAAGCACAAAAUUGUCUGAACGAGUUACUGUGUUCAUUUGCCAACAAAUAGAUCGCCUUGUGAACGGUUCUUUCAUUCAAAUGGGUAACGAGAAGAUGAGAAGGCUGUCUUUAAUUCAAUUCUGAAGGAAAAAAAAAGUGCAGUGCAUCUUUUUGAAAAUGUAAGCUAAAUCAUGUUUUUAUAUUUAAAAAGAAAAUGUUUCUAAUAUUUUUUUGAUUUUAAUGGUUAAGCUCCCUGCUGUAUAUUGUGUCUGCUACAAUGUGGUUGGUUGUGAAAAUUGCUGUUAAAUUCUGGAUUCCUGUAUUUGCUCAAAUAUGUAUAUUAGCCACCUUAUCUAAUUACUUUUUUUUUCCAUUACAUUAUCCUCAUUAGAGAAAUUUUUAAAACAAAUGUAUUUUUGUUUUGGCACAAGGCAUGUAUAUAAUGUGUGAGAACUAAAUUUUGGUAAUACACAUUAGCAUGUUUUUGUUUGGUUCUUUUUCAUGUUUAAUUUAUUUGAAAUUGAAAUUUAUUUAAGAGAAAACCACAAUGAAGAUGGUAUAUUUGUACCUUGAUUUUGGGAAAACGGUGGCUUUGUGUGUUUGUGGCCUGACCCUAGUUGCUCCAAAUCUGAAGAAGUUGAUGUUCUAGGACAUUUGGCAAAUCAAACGCGCAAAACUCCGGAAUAAGCUGCUUUUCCAUGGAAAUUGAGGUAAUAGAAUUUGGAGCUCAAAAGAAACAAUACCUCCAUGCUGGUGGCAAGAAAGUUUCCACAUAUUAAGACAGCCAUGACGCAUCAUAGUCAGCAACCUUUCAUCUUUCAUGAGUUUGGAGAAGUUUGGCUUUGAAGGAAUGAUCCUAAAUGCUUAAAAGCAAGGCACUAGUCUACUACCAGGGAGCAAAUUAUAAUCAAGGGCAAUAAUAUUUUGGGCCCAAUUGUCUCCAUUUUGGUGGUCAAUUUACAACAUUAUGCAAAUAGGGUCAACAAGAAUCUUUUGUCUGUAUUUUGUUACUCAAGCGCUGCUCGAGUGAACCACAAGUUGGGAAUAAUUAGGUCAAUCUGCUCAGUUUUACCUUUCAUCAUCGAUGUAGGAUUUAGGUUGUUUUUGACAUUUUAAUACAUUUUAAAAGCAGUUAUUUGUUUGUUUUGAAAAUAAAGAAGCUUUGCCACAGUUUCCAUAUCUUAGUGCACUGAGCAUAUCACUAUAUACAGGUUCAACUUCAGCGUCACCACAAAUGUUCUAUACAACCAGGCUAAAGUGUUCUGACUCUGGUCCUAGCAAACCUAGGGUUUUACAUGUGUAGAUAUAUUUCUUACAAUGAUUUAACAUCUUUUUUUUCCGUUUCUUUUUUUUGGGGUUUUGUAUCUGGUUCUAUUCAUUGUGUCUUAAAUCACUGAUGGUGUCAAUCACACUUGGUGUUGCUUUACAACUCCAACUUUGAAACAGGAAAGUAGUUGAACGAAGUCAGAGAAACAAGUUAGGCGGUUUCAUAUCAAACACACUGAGAAUUAACCAGGUCUGCAGUGAUGAGUUGAUGCUGGCAUUAGUAAUAAAACAGUUGCCAUUUACUCAAGUAUGCACUCUGACCAAUGCGGUGGAUAUUUCUUAGUAAUUAGUAAAAUCUGUGUUUUGUUUUGAGCUUUUUUUUCUUUCUUUCUGAAACUCACAUGUAAAUAUUUGUUUUGACAUAAUAGUAAUGAGCUAAUUUGUUGCAAAUGGAUUUUUAUAAUCAUUAGACCAAACCUGAAUCUUGUUUAAUUUGUUAUUUUAGCAGCCUGGCACAUACGACCAUGCACUACGACAGGAUCAACUGUAGCUCUGUUAUAUCUUGGCUAUCUUUGUUGUAUUUCUUUGUUGUUGUCGGUUGAAAAUAAGCUUUAAACGUGUUGCCUCCUUGAUUUUCAACAUUUAUCAGUUGGGUUAAUAUUCACUAGAUCACGAGCCUUUAAUUUCAUCCUGGCAGCAAGACAGUAACGGCACUAACAGAGCCGCAGUGCCAUUUUCAUUGGGCACAAGUCCAUUUUGUGGGAUUGUAAGUCUCUAAUUUCCUGGCUCCAAACAAACCCGCUUUCUUCAACUGAAGGUGCGAGUCAGGGAGCUGCGGUUGUGCAUUUAUGCAGAUUUAACAGUGCAAUACUGGCAGUAAUUUCGCCAUGAAAUUGCACCCAGUUUUGUGAACAAUUUUCAGGUUGGCGGAGGCACAAACAAGACUGUGCAAAAUCGCAUUAAAAAAAAGUUUCAUGUAUAGGCUACUGUUUUGCCUUGGAUUUGUCAGAUUGAAAUGCACAAAACGCACACCUUUUACGGGAUGUAAGCUGCUUGCAGUGGGUUAAAUUGGAAGAUUGUUUAUAGUUUCACAGUUCCUCGUGGGUUUGUGAGACCAUUCGCUUUGAGUUGAUUAAACCUUCAGCUGUAAUCAUCUCGUGUGUGUCUGUUCUGAAUGCAAAAGAGGGUAACUGUACGAUCUCAAGUUACUGUUACUAUUUACCAUGUGGGCUGAAACAGUAUAUUGUUGCCUAAAAAAUGACCAGAUUACAGAGUAUCUUAUAAACUCACAUUAAAACACAUAUUUGAAAAUCUUUAUAUUAGUGCCUUGUGACUCUGCACCUGAAGUUUGCCACUGAACCUCCCUCCUGGGCUCAUUUAAAGAGAAAUCAGACAAGUUGAUGCGAUGUGUGAUUAAUAAAGCUUUCCAAACCUGCUAAAAAAACACACUCGUUUCAUUGUACCACGCUGACCUCGAAGCAAAUCGGGUCACCGAACAUUGCAGGCAGUAAUGACACACACAUAUUUCUUUAAGUUAAGACUUCCAGGAAAUUAGAGGCCGACGUUAGUAUUCAAAAUAUUAAAAUCUACUUAUAAACAGAAGUGAGCGUAAUGGACACUUUGGGUUAUAGUCUGUCAGAAAUUCUCCUUUUUUUAAUCUUAUGGUUUAUAUUUUUUUAAUACAUGAGUUUAAUGGCAAAUGUGUUCUCUACAGUAGUGCUUGUAACAUGACAUGGCCUGUUCCUGUCCCAUCUCUCUUCCUCUGGCUCUUCAGAUGUCUUUGCUGUACAGUAUGGCUUCAGUGCACUUCUCUAUCACUCCGCAAUAGUGACACAAGAAUCAAUCAGCCCAAUUUCUUUACUGUCACACCGAUGACAACAUGUGACACAAUCGCAUGUAGUGAUGUUUCUUUUUUAUUAUUAUUAUAUCUGUUUCUUUUGUUUUGCAUCUCAGGAAUAUAUUUCAUUUAGAAUUGUUGGUUUGUUUGUUUGUUUCCUGUCUUAAAAUGGGGACUUGUGAGCACUUUUCACUCUGCUAGUCCCUGUGUGCUGACACCAUGUAUUUUUUGAGUUUUAAGAUUAUCACAAUGAUAAUAAAAAUGAUUCAGUGACUCUUCAAUAAUUCUGUCACCUUGCUGUCAUUGGAAUAUUAGACUAAGGAAAACGUUUUUUUCUUUUUAAAUUUUUUGAUCACUGACUUGAAAUACUGAGAUUUAGAAAUAUGCUGCAAAUUACUGAGUUUCAACGAUGAUGGAAGGUGUCUUUAACUAUCUAAUUUUAGCUUAUGUAAGCGGUUCAGUGCUUUUUGUCCUUUAUCAUGUUUCCCUUUGUAGCAACACACAUCUUUAUGUAUAUCAGUCUUUAGGUGGCAGGUGCUGCAAGGCACUGUCUCUCACUAAAUACAAAAUAUCCACAGUGAGGCUCAGUAAAGAUCAGGAUUAGAGCUAGACAAAUGUUAGUUCAGCCUCUGAUGUACCUUGGUGAAAUAGGGGGUUUGAUAUCAAGCUGUACUCCGAAAGCUUGAUUUGAUAUAUAGCACCGUAACGGAGGUGUUUCUCUCCCAUUGUCUGUGGGAUUUAUUAUAUUUAAUUUAGAGGUUCGUAUGUAUGAAAUGAAAUUGUUGAAUAAAUAGUUGCCAAAA